CGUAACAGGCCAACACGCCUUUGAUGAAACAAAACGUUUUUAUUAGCAGUAUUAUCAAACUUGUAGUUUGCUAAUUUGGCUAGUCCAGCAUAGAUCUGAAGGAAAAGGCUUUGACUGUAGAGAGCAUAGAGCAUAAAUAGGAAGAGAUGCGCUAAAAGUAGCACGGUUUGAAAUAUUUCACCAGAAAGGGUGUUGAUACAUGUUUUAUUUUUUAUUUAUUUUUUAUUUCACCUUUAUUUAACCAGGUAGGCUAGUUGAGAACAAGUUCUCAUUUGCAACUGCGACCUGGCCAAGAUAAAGCAUAGCAGUGUGAACAGACAACAGAGUUACACAUGGAGUAAACAAUUAACAAGUCAAUAACACAGUAGAAAAAAAGGGGAGUCUAUAUACAAUGUGUGCAAAAGGCAUGAGGAGGUAGGCGAAUAAUUACAAUAUUGCAGAUUAACACUGGAGUGAGAAAUGAUCAGAUGGUCAUGUACAGGUAGAGAUAUUGGUGUGCAAAAGAGCAGAAAAGUAACUAAAUAAAAACUGUGGGGAUGAGGUAGGUGAAAAUGGGUGAGCUAUUUACCUAUAGACUAUGUACAGCUGCAGCGAUCGGUUAGCUGCUCAGAUAGCUGAUGUUUGAAGUUGGUGAGGGAGAUAAGUCUCCAACUUCAGCGAUUUUUGCAAUUCGUUCCAGUCACAGGCAGCAGAGUACUGGAACGAAAGGCGGCCGAAUGAGGUGUUGGCUUUAGGGAUGAUCAGUGAGAUACACCUGCUGGAGCGCGUGCUACGGAUGGGUGUUGCCAUGGUGACCAGUGAACUGAGAUAAGGCGGGGCUUUACCUAGCAUGGCCUUGUAGAUGACCUGGAGCCAGUGGGUCUGGCGACGAAUAUGUAGCGAGGGCCAGCCGACUAGAGCAUACAAGUCGCAGUGGUGGGUAGUAUAAGGUGCUUUAGUGACAAAACGGAUGGCACUGUGAUAAACUGCAUCCAGUUUGCUGAGUAGAGUGUUGGAAGCGAUUUUUGUAGAUGACAUCGCCGAAGUCGAGGAUCGGUAGGAUAGUCAGUUUUACUAGGGUAAGCUUGGCAGCGUGAGUGAAGGAGGCUUUGUUGCGGAAUAGAAAGCCAACUCUUGAUUUGAUUUUCGAUUGGAGAUGUUUGAUAUGGGUCUGGAAGGAGAGUUUGCAGUCUAGCCAGACACCUAGGUACUUAUAGGUGUCCACAUAUUCAAGGUCGGAACCAUCCAGUGUGGUGAUGCUAGUCGGGCAUGCGGGUGCAGGCAGCGAUCGGUUGAAAAGCAUGCAUUUGGUUUUACUAGCGUUUUAAGAGCAGUUGGAGGCCACGGAAGGAGUGUUGUAUGGCAUUGAAGCUCGAUUGGAGGUUAGAUAGCACAGUGUCCAAUGACGGGCCGAAAGUAUAUAGAAUGGUGUCGUCUACGUAGAGGUGGAUCAGGGAAUCGCCCGCUGCAAGAGCAACAUCAUUGAUAUAUACAGAGAAAAGAGUCGGCCCGAGAAUUGAACCCUGUGACAUCCCCAUAGAGACUGCCAGAGGACCGGACAGCAUGUCGGCUAUGCAAAGCAGUACUCAAAUACAACAACGGCAGAACUGACAGCAUGUUAAACCACAUCAAAUACAAGCACCCAGCCAUCACAGUGCCAGCUCUAGAUGGUAAAUCAGAAACCACCACCAGGACAUUAAAGUUAAAAAGAGAAGCUGCAAUAAAGGCAGAGAAGACCAUGUCUAAGAGCACAUAUGAAGAAGAGGAGGAGGAUGAGCAUCUCCCCAAGACUGGGAUAUCAAAGCAAGAUCCCAAUACUUCAGAGGUAGCCAUGACAGAAGAUGGGACUGCGGAGCAGUUUGAGUUUCAGUAUGAACUGGAGGGACCAACAUUUAAGAAUGAGAAUGGGGAGUGUUCCAAGAGCCAUCUGUCCAUCAUCAAAGUGGAACAACUGGACCCCCUUCUCCCUGAACAAAACAACUCCAGCUGUGGGUCUGGGUCACCUGGGGAUCCUGGGCCUCCUGGUUCGUCUGGUUUUGGGUCCAGUAUGAGUCCAGCUGCACAGUUCUUCAGGAAGUGCCACCAGGCAGGCUGCACACAGUUCAUCUUCUCUGAGUUUGCCUCCCGCCUCAACACUAUCACUGAGAGGAUUUCAUCCCAGCAGGCCAGCGAAGAAGAUUUCAACCUCACCCUGAAAGUGCUGGAGGCCUCUGGGAUGCUGCCAGAGAUCUUUGCAAAGAGAGACCAAGAAAUGGAGAAGAGACUGAAGGAUCUGCAGAGAGAGAUUGAAGCGGUGAGGACUGCCAGGUCUGCAAUGAGAGAUGCCUGUGUCAUGAACUUCACCCCAUCAUGACGGAUCACUGCUGAAGAUAAAAGCGGUUUCAUAAGACGUUAUAACUAGGGCCUGGAGUUUUCCCUGACCGGACUAGGAAUGUAUAGGACCUGAAUUUUUCCUGGUCCGAUCAUGUGGACAGGAAAAACCUCACACCCCAGUUUUAGUAGAAUGGAAAUAUUUGAAACCUUUUAUAUUUGCCAUAUUUUUCUACCUUCGUGUUCAAACAUUUUAACUCUGAUAUUUGAUAACAGUUUGUUGUACCCUGGCUACUGAGAUGGGUGAUAUUAUACUUGAAGUGAGCAAUAGGCGAUAUAAUCUUGUGACAUAUAUUGGUUCUGGGUUCCAAGGUUAUUGGUGUUGUAUUGAUGUUAGUAGGUGAUCUUUUGUGUCCAUCUGUGCUAUGUACUUUGUGCUUACUAACCCUUCAGGUUAAAUAUGUCCUUAUACAGUAUGUGUGAACCACUGUAUGGUUACUGUAAGACAUUCAUUUGGAAUACACUGUAAUAUAGCAUACUUGAGGACAGUUGAACGCAUUAAACUUCUUAUGUAAAUGAGUCAUGUGAUGACAUUAUUUCAGA